GAUACCGCAGCCUGGUGGGGCGCGAAAUGCGGUGGGCGGGGUCGUUAGAAAGACUAACUUCCGGCCAGGCCGUUGUCUGGGCGGCGCGGCGGAGUCAUCGCUGGGCUUCGCUGCACCGUUCUUCCAUCUCCCCCCCCCCCGCCCCGGCGCGGGGGGUCGACCAGCGGAGGGAGGCGGUUCAGCCCUUUCCCACCUUUUCUUUUCAGCCGGCCAGCGCCCCGGCUACCCGCGCUGGGGCCUGGGGUUCUUGGGGCCCGCGAGGCCCAGUCUUUGGGGCCGGGGCCUGCCUGGGCCCGCCGCCGGGCCCCAUGAGGCACAGCCUGACCCAGCUGCUGGCAGCCUCGGGCCGCGAAUCCCCGCACCGCAGUGAGAGCCCGGCGCCGGCCGCCCCCUGCUUUCUGCCUCCGGACCUGACCGCCGCAGCGGCGGGGAAGGAGGACGCGGCGGCGGCCGGCUCGCCCGGUCGCGAGCAGCCGCGCGGCGACGAGGGCGAGGCGGAGGCCGGGAGGGGGGAGCGCAGCGGCGUGGCCGUGCGCGCGCCCUCGCCUGAGGAGAUGGAGGAAGAGGCGAUCGCCGGAGUCCCGGGAGAGGAGACGGAGGACAUGGACUUUCUGUCUGGCCUGGAACUGGCCGAUCUGCUGGACCCUCGGCAGCCGGACUGGCACUUGGAGCCCGGGCUCAGCUCGCCAGGGCCUCUCUCCUCGUCCGGCGGCGGCUCGGACAGCGGCGGCCUUUGGAGAGGGGACGACGACGACGAGGCCGCGGCGGCUGAGAUGCAGCGCUUUUCUGACCUGCUGCAGAGGCUGUUAAACGGUAUCGGAGGCUGCAGCGGCGGCAGUGACAGUGGCAGCGGGGAAAAGAGGCGGAGAAAGUCCCCCGGAGGAGGCAGCGGUGGGGGCAGCGGCAACGACAACAAUCAGGCGGCGACAAAGAGUCCCCGGAAGGCGGCGGCGGCCGCAGCCCGUCUUAAUCGGCUAAAGAAGAAGGAGUAUGUGAUGGGGCUGGAGAGUCGAGUCCGGGGUCUGGCAGCUGAGAACCAGGAGCUGCGGGCCGAGAAUCGGGAGCUGGGCAGGCGCGUCCAGGCAUUGCAGGAAGAGAGUCGCUACCUACGGGCAGUCCUAGCCAACGAGACUGGACUGGCUCGCCUGCUGAGCCGGCUGAGCGGCGUGGGACUGCGGCUGACCACUUCGCUCUUCAGAGACUCGCCCGCCGGUGACCACGACUACGCCCUGCCUGUAGGAAAGCAGCAGCAGGACCUGCUGGAAGAGGACGACUCUGCAGGAGGAGUGUGUCUUCAUGUGGACAAGGAUAAGGUGUCGGUGGAGUUCUGCUCGGCGUGCGCUCGGAAGGCGUCGUCGUCUCUUAAAAUUUUCUUUUUUAGGUGAUUUCCUUCCUGCCAGGCUCCGUUGUAGGGGUUACAGAACAGUCGUUCCCGCCUCACAACCUGGUAAGGAUCCAUCUCUUCACGUAACGCUCAUGCUCUGCUGCUUAGUCUACUUUAAUGGGCAACAUCUCAAUUUGUGUGUGUGUGUGAUUUUUUUUUUCUUUUUUGAAAGGUGGGAGGGGAAUCUAAUUUGGGCCCUGUCCACCCUGGAAACAGACUUGUGCUGGUCAAUAAUGUAUUUAAGAUGCUUCUUCUGGUUGAAAUAGCUGUUAAUGUGUCCCCUUGUUCAGACUUGCGUGUACCUAGCUCUUCUGUACCCAGUGUGGACAUGGCCUUGGAUGACAUCGGUUCCAACUGUACACUGAAACCUGCUUAUAGCGAUACAGUUUGGAGACAGUGAAACAGGUGAAGUUGAAUGGAAGUUCCGAGUUGUACAAGGUGCAAAUUGGAAUUCCAAUUUUAGAGCAACUUUUCAGAGGUUGACAUAAGUAUUUGAGGCAUGCAAAAUGUUACAGUUACUUUGCUGGAGAUGACAGAAAUCUCUUAAAUAUUCAAGAAUGCUUUUUUAGUUUUCAGUAGAAGAUACAAAAAUACAAUCUCUUCAGAAUAACAUUUUAAUAUCUCACCAUUAGAGAAGUUGCAGAUUUACUAUCAGACUCCUGUGUUUUAGUUAAUUGGAGGAAGAAUAAGAAUGGCUAAUGAAAUGUUUCCUUGAGGACCAGCAUAGUGAUUACCCUAUCACUGAAUAUAAAUUGUUGAAUACCUUUAUUUUUGUUGUAUUUUAGGUUAAAUUUAUGUAUGUAUGAUUAGAUACUGAAGGUUGUGAAAUGUGAAUGAAAACGUGUAAAGUGAGGCUUCACAAAGAAUCUUAUUACUCUCCGUAUUUUAAAAGUAUUUUCCCUAUUUAAAAAUGCUUUUUUGUUUUUUAAGUUGAGUGGUUCUGGCCACUUAAUGGAAUGACUGAUGUUAUUUUUCCAAAAAUGGACCAUAUUCUUCCCUUGCAGUACUCUUUAUCUGUUGUCCACUUGUAUAAAUUAUGAUGUCCUUCAUUGUAAGGGGCAUUAAGAAAUUCUUUGUGAAACAUCACUGUUUGAUAAAGUAUAUACGUAUUUAGCAUCCUUGUUUUUCUUUGUGCUAAAGUGGAUACAGCUGUUGGGGCAGAAGAGACGGGACCAGCUGCUGGCCACAUUUCCUGCUUUAUUUUAAAAGCUUAGCAGUAUCUGCAAAAACGAAUCUUUUCCUACAACCUGUUAACUGACUGGACUGAUGGUAACAAAGUAGUUGUGGGAGCCAUGCCGGUCAAAAAUUUGGCAUCUGCUGAAAAAUAUGAAUGCCAUUUUUCAAGUUCCCAAAUUACUUCUAUACUGAUUUCACUUUCCAGAAAUGGAGAUAUGAAAAGAUUCUCUGGAAUGCCUGAAAGACUUAAUAGAAGUACAUGAAACUAAGUUAAUUUUGGAACAAAAUUAUACUUUUUUUUUUUGUCUUUCAUGGGAGUGAUAUUCAGUUCUUUGCAUAUCUUUUAAAACGUGACCAAUGGAGAAGAGAAUUAUAGUAUUUCAUCAAGAAAUAAUAGAUUCUUGACAUAAUCAAGAGCACAUUCUAUGGAAUUACAUUUAGUGGACUAGAGUUACAUAAAUAGGCCAUCAGUGAUCACAGAGCAUAUUAUGAGUUUGUAUUUAUUUCCUGGAACAUAAAAGCUAAUUUGAAGGACAGACACCUUGCUGAGAAUAUCAAAGUUAAUGUAAAAGUCCUUAACUAUAAAGAACAGUCUUUUAAAAGAUGCACUGAUUUGUCUGUAUAUCCUUUGCAAAAGUUUAUUAUGAUUAAAAUGUGUAAGUAGUUAAUUACAAUUUAGGUUAACACUAGGAUGUGUGGAUCCUGAGGUUUUGGCACCUGAGUACUUGACUCUGAGGUUAAUGAAUGGUAUACUAGUUUCUACUGUUUUUUAUUAAAGUUUCUCUAGUGUUAUGUAAGGGCCUUAGUAGUUUGGAUAAUGGGAGUGGCUUUUUCAUGGAACAUGGUAGUUCUAUUGGAACGUUUUUUUUCUGGCUUAUUACAAGUACAAAAAAACAUCAAAACUUUGGAUUGUUUUAUUUCAUUUUUGUUGGAUGUUAACAUUUUUUCCCCUAGUCUAGACUGAGUUAUUUUAUUCUGACUCAGUCUGGGAAGUAUGGAGAUGAUAGAAAAGGGAUGUAGCAGUUAGGCUUUUAUUUCACAAUGACUGUACACUUGGUUUUAUAUGGUAAUCAAAAUUUAUUAAGUCCACUCAGUUUCUUAUAAUCUGAAUAUAUGCUGCGGCAAAGAGCAUCCCCACUUAGGUAGCUGAUGCACCUACAGUACAGUCAGUUCCACUGCUGUACUUUUGCUGAUCACAAAUACCUACUAUUUUGAUAGAACAGAUAAUAAGUGAUUAUCUUUUCAAUAUUUGGUUAUCUACUUGAGCAGUUUGAAGGUACAGAUUCUCACUAAUUUAGUCAAAUUUUUGAGCUAAAUUAAUCUGUUAGUCUUAAAAGCUGAAUAGGUAGUAAGAUAUUUAAAGGUAUUUUUUCCCCCAAAUUACCAAUACAAAUUUUGAGACCCUUCUAAAUAUUUGUAUUUUUACUAUUUUUUUUAUUGAGUUACUUCCUAAGUCAGAAAUCAAAACAGUGAGGUCUUCCAUUAGAAACUUUCAAGAGUGGUUUGGCUAGCACACUUUUCAUAUAUUUCAAUUUGAAUACCUUUUUCUGUAGGCUCAGCAUUCUUUCAGCCACUGAUGUUAUAAUACCCUGCAAUUUUUGUUGACUUAAAAUUACUUGAAAAUAUUUUGCUCAGUUUUCACAGGAAUUAAAAAAUCUAGUCACUA